CACAAACACAAAGCUGCGAAUCAUUUACGACUUUUUGUUCUUUAAAGUUGAAUUCAUUCAACACACUUUUCUUUCUUUCUUUCUUUACACUCUUAUUAUGGGUUUUCUCACCCCAUAUUCCUUCUUUUCUUUCUCUCCCUCUCUUUUCAUUUCAAUUCUAUCCAAUUUCUCUUCCAUUUUCUUUCUCUUACCAAACCCAACUCAUUAACAAACAAAACAAAUUCAUUUCCAUUUUCCAUUUCCAUGGGCUAUCUUUUUUGCAAUGCAGAAUCUGCAAUAGCUACUUGUGAUCCUCACUAUUGGGAUCUCAAAAAAAGAAACAAAUCAAUAACAAACCGUACACACUCCAUCAAAGAGUUUAAUUACACCGACCUCGUCGCCGCUACUAACGGUUUCUCUGCUGAAAGCUACCUUGGUAAAGGUAGCCACGGCAGAGUAUACCGUGCUACUUUAAACGGAGGCGAUCUAAUCGUCGCCGUUAAAACAACAAAGUUAACUACAAAAGCACUUCAUAAUCACAGCAACAAUAACUGCACCGGUUGCGGUAACUGUACAAGUCCAGCUGAAAACGAGAUCGAGAUUCUCUCACAAGUUCCAAAUCAUCGUCUCGUGAAUCUCAUCGGUUACUGCACCGAUCUUAACGGCAAUAAAUUAAUUGUCGUUGAAUAUAUGCCAAACGGUUCACUUCACGAUCUAUUACAUUCUACAAAUAAACCGCCCGGUUGGACCAAACGCUUCCGGUUCGCAUUACAAGUUGCGAAAGCGGUUCGAACGUUACACGGUUCAAAUCCACCGGUGAUUCAUCGUGAUAUUAAAUCUUCCAAUGUUUUAAUCGAUCGAGAUUGGAAAGCGAGACUCGGUGAUUUCGGUCUUGCUCUUAGAGGACACGUGGAGGAUGUUCGUGUUAAGUGUACACCACCGGCGGGGACGUUAGGGUAUCUUGAUCCAUGCUAUCUUGCGCCGGAGGAUCUUAGUGCGAAAAGUGAUGUGUUCAGUUUCGGGAUCUUGUUGUUGGAGAUAAUCAGUGGAAGAAAUGCUAUUGAUGUUAAUUAUAGUCCUCCGUCGGUUGUUGAUUGGGCGGUGCCGUUGAUUAGGCGAGGUGAUUUCGUCGGGAUCUGUGAUCGGAGAAUUGGAACGCCGUCGGAUAUGGCGGUGAUGAGGCAGAUUGCUGUGAUUGCAGCGAGAUGUGUUAGAUCGACGGCGGAGAAACGGCCGGGGAUGGUGGAGGUUGUGGAGUGUCUUAAAUUGGCGAGGAAGAGGAUUCAUUCGUCGCCGAUUUGGAGUAGUUUGAGACGGCGCGUGACGCGUGUGGAAAGCGCGCAACCGUUGAUGAGUUGGGAAGAAGCUUAUGAUCAUGAUUAUGAUUAUAAUUAUGAUUAUCAUCAUCAUUAUAAUUAUGAUUGGGAUGAUAAUAAGAGUGAGGAAGUUGUGAAGAUUGUAAAGAGUGGAAGCAGUAGAAGAAAGAGUAAAGUAUCAAGUGUAGCGAGUGUAGAGUAUGAGAGUAAACCCUCCAAAAAAGGAACGAGAUCUAAGCCGUCGAAAAGAAUAACAAGAUCUAAGACCGUUGGUUCUUCUUCUAUUUGUGUUGGUAGUUGUAGUAGAAAGAGUGGGAUUCAAAUGGUUUCAGAGAAAACGGGUGUAAUGAAGUUAAAAAAGUCAAAGUCAACGGGAGUCUUGCAAGGUCCUCUACUUUUGCAUCAGAAGAAGAAUGAUGUAAUUCAUUCCGCUGAGUCUGAGACGAUAGCGUUAGCGAUAUCGAAGUUGGUUAUUCUAGAUAAUAAGAAGUUCGAAAAAAAGAUGCUCGAAAAACCGUUGGUUAACUCGUAUGGUUGGGAGUCUGAAUAAUACUAUUAACUCUCAACCAUACGAGUUAACAUGAGAUAACUGAAAGGUUAAUUUUCUCGGUUAAACCGUUGGGAAUAGUCAACUCCCUGCAAAAGAGGGAGCUAGAUUUUUGCGAGUUUCUCUGCAAUGUUUGGCAGUGAUUUAAAGGAUAAUAUGAUGAUUUUGUUGUUUACAAUAUUGAUCACAAUUUCUUGGACAAAAAUGGAAAGCAUUUGUUGUUUAUUGUAAUAAAAUUAUUUUAGAAAUUUU